AUGGACAGCCAGAAUGGCACAGAGGAGAUCUACUUCAUUCUACUCGGGCUCUCCCAGUACCCAUGGGCUCAGACCAUCUUCUUCUGCCUGCUCCUCGUGUCCUACGUCAUCACCCUUUUUGGGAACAGCCUCAUCCUGCUCCUGAUCUACUAUGAUCCCCGGCUCCACAUGCCCAUGUACUUCUUCCUCAGCAACCUGUCCUUCUUGGACAUGUGCUACACCACGUCCAGUGUGCCCCAGAUGCUCAUCAACUGCUUGGUGACCAUCCCCGUCAUCUCGCUAAGACAGUGUGUGGCCCAGAUGGCCACAGGACUUUAUCUGGGUGUGGUGGAAUGUCUUCUGCUGGCCGCCAUGGCCUAUGAUCGCUGUGUUGCCAUUGUUGACCCCCUGCGCUACUCUGUGCACAUGAGGCCCCAGCUUUGUGUCCUGUUGGCUGGGAUCUCAUGGACCACAGCCUUCCUGCUGACUGUGGUCCCUGUGCUGACCAUGACCUUGGAGUUUUGUGGUCACCAUGUCAUCAAUCACUUUUCAUGUGAGCUCCUGGCCCUGCUCAAGCUUGCCUGCUCUGACCUGAGGUUCUAUGAGUUGCUUAUGCUGGGCACCAGUGCCCUGAGCCUGCUGGCUCCUUUUGCUUUCAUUGUGGGCUCCUAUGGAAGGAUCCUGGUGGCCGUGCUGAGGAUGCGGUCCAUGGAGGGCCAGGGCAAGGCCUUUUCCACAUGUGCAUCACACCUCACAGUGGUGGUCCUCUUCUAUGGCACAGCCAUCUCCAUGUAUAUGAUGCCACAGGACAAGACCAUCCAUGAGCGAGACAAGAUCAUCUCCAUUUCAUAUGGCGUCCUCACCCCCAUGAUGAACCCCCUCAUCUACAGCUUGCGGAACAAGGAGGUGAAAGGGGCCUUUAGGAGGCUCAUGGGGAAAAAGAUUGACCUUAAGGUACGAUGUUGA